AAGGCAAUACAAUAUUCGUAGACUUUUUUCAUCUUGUUCCCCUGGUUAGUUGAGCUAGAUUUAAUGUAGAUUUGAGUCCGAAUGAGAGAGAAUGUGUGGGUUUUAGAUAGAGAGAAAUGUAUAUCUGCUUCUGGGUCUGACCCAACUUUCUUUUCUUCUUCAUCUUCUCCAUGUCUUCCAUGUGUUCGACGAAAGUCCUCAAUGAAAAAUUCAUCUGAUUCAUCACAAGCAAGCACACCUGCUGCAGCUGUUGAUCCUCAUAUCUAAAGCUGUAAAACUGUUUGUUCAUUGAUUUCUUUCGACAAAAAUGUCGUUUCGUAGCAUAGUUCGUGAUGUAAGAGACGGGUUCGGGAGUUUAUCGAGGCGUAGUUUUGACGUGAGGUUAUCGGGCCUUCAUAGUAGAGGGAAAUCGCAGGGUUCAAUCAAUGAUUUACAUGAUACUCAUCCAGCACUUAUUGUUCAAAACAGUCGGUGGGCUAAUCUCCCUCCCGAGCUUCUUUUCGAUGUGAUUAAGAGGUUAGAAGAGAGUGAAAGCACGUGGCCCGCAAGAAAACAUGUUGUUGCUUGUGCUGCGGUUUGUAGGUCUUGGAGAAGCAUGUGUAAGGAAAUUGUUGGAACUCCGGAGUCUUGUGGGAAGCUUACGUUUCCGGUUUCUUUAAAGCAGCCUGGGCCACGUGAUGUUACUAUUCAAUGUUUCAUCAAGAGGGAUAAAUCAAACUUGACGUAUCAUCUUUUUCUGUGUCUUAGUCCAGCUGCUUUGCUGGUUGAAAACGGGAAGUUCUUGCUGUCUGCAAAGAGAACUCGAAGAACUACUUGUACUGAAUAUGUAAUCUCAAUGGAUGCUGAAAACAUUUCUAGAUCAAGCAACACAUAUAUCGGGAAGCUCAGGUCUAAUUUUCUUGGGACAAAGUUCAUAAUUUAUGAUACACAGCCUCCACAUUCCGGUGCCAAUAUCCCACCGCCACCUGGACGAUCGAAACGAUUUUAUUCAAAGAAAGUCUCACCAAAAGUGCCAAGUGGCAGCUACGACAUCGCUCACAUCACCUAUGAGCUUAACGUUCUCGGCACACGUGGCCCACGUAGGAUGCACUGUGUCAUGCACACGAUUCCCGCCUCCGCUCUUGAACCAGGCGGCAUCGUGCCAGGUCAGCCCGACCAACUCCUGCCGCCCCGCUCCCUGGAAGACUCUUUCCGUAGCAUGUCCUUCUCAAAGUCACUCGACCGCUCAACCGAAUUCAGCAGCUCUAGGUUUUCCGAGAUCAUGGGAGCCGCCACAUCAGCCGACGUCCCGGAUAGUGAAAAGUCAAAACUGCCCUUGGUCUUGAAAAACAAGUCGCCUAGGUGGCACGAACAGUUGCAAUGUUGGUGUUUAAACUUUAGGGGACGCGUGACAAUUGCUUCCGUCAAGAAUUUCCAGUUGAUUGCCGCACUGCCAGCCGCAGGAACAUCGCAGUCAGUGCCACAACCGCUGCCGCAUCCGGAGCAUGAUAAAGUGAUACUGCAGUUCGGGAAAGUCGGGAAAGACAUGUUUACGAUGGAUUAUCGGUACCCGUUAUCUGCGUUUCAAGCGUUUGCAAUCUGUUUAAGCAGCUUUGACACCAAAUUAGCCUGUGAAUAGAAAAUUUAACGUUAGGUUUCCCAAGAGGAACAUGAGCAAAUAGAAUGUCUUUUGUUUGGUUUUUUCAUGUUGUGUGUACCUUGUUAAAAUUAAAAACUCCAUUUAUAACUGUUGGUCUUGUUACUGUCA